AUGUCACCAACUAUAAAGAAUCGUCUAUGGAAUCCGGCUUUUGGGAUCAGGUUCUCUACGAUAAAUGAUCAUCAGUUACCUUACCCUUUCCUGGAUAUCACUCGCUUCGUCCAUACCCCUGCCUCUGGGCCUGGGAAUGUUGAGAAGGGAGAUGUCGAAGCUGACGAGUUCAGCGAAGGUGAAGAGUUCGAACGUGAUGCGGCGGAAUGGUUCGAUCAACAAGAUCGGUUGGCAUUGCCUACCAUUGAAACAAUCUCUAAAGGCACUCAGGUUGAAUCAGACACAGACGGAGAUCUCGUCGAGGUCUCGAAGCGGGAGAAAGACCUGGCGGAAUCCGUCACUGCUCCUCUCACAUCCUUAGACUACACAAUCGACGCCAAUCUUUGGGAUACAGCCCGAAAAAGUAAGGCCGGUUCCAGCCAGUCUUUCUGGUCUUACAGAAUGUACCGUCAAGUUCAAGGGAACGGCGUGGAGCAGAAAGUCAAGGUCCACUACUGCACUUCAAAACAUACGAUGGAGCAUGUUUGUGAAAGGUACUUUUCUGACGAGAAAGUCAUUGGCUUCGAUUUGGAGUGGCUUGUUGCGAGGGGUCCUGCCAACUCCAACCCUCGACGAAAUGUUUCGCUCAUCCAGAUCGCUAGCCCAAGUCGUGUAGGCUUGUUCCACGUUGCACUCUUUCCCAGGGACGACUUUGUCGCCCCGACUUUCAAGAGGAUUAUGGAGGACGAAAGCGUAACCAAAGUCGGAGUGGCUAUCAAGGGUGACUGCACAAGAUUGAAGAACAAUCUCGGCAUAAACAGUAAAGGGAUCCUCGAGCUGUCUCACCUCUACAAACUUGUCAAGUACUCAAAGGCUGGAGAGCUAGACCGAAUCAAUAAGGUCAUGGUGUCUUUAGCCGUGCAGACACAGGAGAUGUUAGGCCUUCCUUUAUUCAAAGGAGAGAAUGUGCGGUCCAGUAAUUGGAUGAUGCGUCUGUCAGCGGAUCAAGUUGCAUAUUCCGCAUCAGAUGCAUAUGUUGGCCUCCAGCUGUACUACGUGCUUGAGCAGGAACGCAUGAAGCUUCAGCCCACUCCUCCUCGGCCAGCUUUCGUCGAGCAGAAUCUUCCUAUUAAGUUCUUAACCGCUGAUGACGUUGAUGAAAGUGAUACGACUUCAGAAUCGGGGGAAUCCGAGGUUAUUGCUGAUGCUGAGGUGAGCCUUGAAACACCAGAAGCCAGACCUACGCCAUCGAUCGCAACGCCCACAACAAAGGAUACGCCCCUUCCAGAGGACAAUUCCCAUGAUCUUAGGGAUCCCCGUAUCCUUGCUGCCGAAAAGCACGCUCAACAAUACCGCAGCACAACGCGCCCCAAGUCGACCCCACCAUUGUCGUCUCUUCGCACUUAUUACAUGUGGUACGAUAACCAAGAUCUUACACCAGUGGACGUUGCUACACUCUUACGUACUCCUCCUCUUAAGACAAACACUGUUGUUUCCUAUAUCCUUGAUGCCAUCAUCUCGGAAGGGUUGCCUUAUUCUAAGUCGAGGCUUAGAACUGAGGUAUUAGUCCACCUUGCCCCCCAGUCACUAGAUUCGAGCGCACGUAUGGGGAACUACUCAGAACGCAGCUUCGCUGCAAACUGGAUUGGAAACGAAUAG